AUGGAGCAUAAUCAGAGCAAGGAUGACCACCCGCAGGGUGCAGCACCUCCGGAUCGCAACUCAUUGAAUCACGGGGAAGAAGCUUCAGCAAAUGCGCAAACAGGCACGGGGACCUCUCUGCCAGACAGGCUCUGGGCUUCGGGUCGAAUGGCCGCGCAGGCUAUGGCGACACCUUCAGCACAAGCUGUCCAGUCGCUAUCUGCCUCAAGCUCGAGCAAAGCUGGUCCUUUGCCGGGGCUUUCUGUGAGCGCUGGGGAGUCAUCAAACGUCGCACAAGAUAUAGCUGCGCAAGGGAAAGGCGCAUCGUUGGCAACAGCAUCAGUGUCUGGAUCUAGGCAAGCAGGCCAUCAGGCUCCAGCCGCGAAGGCUUUCGAUGAAUUCACGGCGCACUCCCAAGAACCCCCCAUUCUGGAUGGACAGAACCCUCGAGAUUUGCUGAGGCCAGACGAGACGAAACAGAUUGAGGAGAUGGAUGGGCUGGCGGUUGUAAAUAUCCUCUCUCAACCUGAUUCCGAUGAGAUGAUGCCUACGGGAGAUGAUUUCGACAUAGGCUUGUCACCAGAAGCUGCCUCUAAGCUCCGGAGCGCGCUCUUCGAUACGGGAUUGCAUGGGCGGGAGCUGCUGUGGAAUGACAUACUCAAUUUCACACCUCAGUUUCUGGUAAACCCAAGUGAUGGUAUAAAUGAAGGAGUCGAACAGCUUACAGGCACCUCAGACCAGACCGGUGCAACAAAUAUAUGGAUUCAGCAGUGGGGAGACGUGCUUUCGCACUACACUGAUGAGGUAUGGGGUGACCUGGGACCUUUGGUGUCGGAGGCAAGACAGGAAAUCAAGAACAUCGCGUCACAAGAUGAGGCUGGCCAGGCCGCUCCAGGCCAAACAAGGGCCCUGGGCCGCCUGAGAAUGAUAAUAGCCCAUCUGCGGGGAGGUUCAGGCUGA